GGUAAACUGGGGAACCAGGGCAAGGAGACUACCCUCCUGCACUGUAAUCCUGAGACAUGGGCAGAGAAGGCUAACUAAACCAGAAACAACCCGUUGUUGUUGAGCUUAGAACUGCAAGACUUUCCUUACCAGUUAAUACAAAGGGGCAUACCUCAGAAUUCAAAUGUUUGGAGGGCAGUUUUCGAUACGCGCUUCCUAUAACGAAGCCUUCACCUUCAAAAUUGAGUUUCUCCCUCUUUUUCACAUCCUCCAUGACCCUAAUUACUGAGCCCUGCCAAAUCACAGGCCGUUAAUUUUUCGUAUAUCUUCACCCGCAUUCGUGGUUACAGCUAUCUCCAAUCAGAAAGAUGGGUAGCACAUUCAAUCCACAUAUUUUAGUGGAAAAGCUGACGAAGCUAAAUAACUCACAGACGAGCAUAGAGACUUUGUCACAUUGGUGCAUCUUUCAUAUGAAUAAAGCCAAACAAGUAGUUGAAACAUGGGACAGGCAAUUUCAUUGUUCUCCUCGUGAGCAGAGACUGGCAUUUCUAUAUCUUGCAAAUGAUAUUUUGCAAAACAGUAGGCGGAAGGGUUCAGAAUUUGUUGGUGAAUUCUGGAAGGUUCUUCCAAAUGCUAUUCGAGAUAUGGUUGAAAAUGGAGAUGAGUUUGGAAGAAAUGCUGCACUCCGACUGAUAGCUAUCUGGGAAGAGAGAAAAGUUUUUGGUUCCCGUGGUCAAAUUCUUAAGGAAGAGUUUGUUGGAAGACAUUUGGAAAAUAGUGCUCGCAAUGGGAAGCCUAUGAACUUGAAAUUGAGGCCAUCUGCUGGGAAUGCACUGGAGAAAAUAAUUUCAGGUUAUCAUGUUAUUUAUGGAGGGCAGACAGACGAAGAUAUUGUACUUAGCAAAUGCAGGAAUACCAUUAGCUGUCUGGAGAAAGUGGAUAAGGAAGUUGGCCAUGAUAAUUCAGGACAAUUACCUGGAUCGGCAGUGAUGGAUGAGCUCCAGGGACAUAAUGCUGCACUGAGGGACUGCAUCGAGCAAUUGACAGCAAUAGAAUCAUCGAGGGCCAGCCUUGUGUCUCACCUGAGAGAAGCUCUCCAGGAUCAGGAACUUAAGCUGGAUCAACUCCGAAGCCAGAUUCAGGCUGCUCGUGUUCAGUCAGAACAGGCAGGCAAUACCUGCCGACAGUUACUAAACAACAGUGAUACUCUAUUAGCAGCUGAGCAAAGUUCAAAAGAAAGUCAAACCUCCACAGCGCCUCCAGGCUUUAUUCCAAAAGAUAGGGAACAAUCAGCUCCAUUAAUCUACACACAGCAAGUAUCUUUCCCUCAAAAACCUGGACACAUUGAUGAAGACCCACGCAAGUCUGCUGCUGCUGCAGUGGCGGCAAAGCUAACUGCUUCUACAUCAUCUGCCCAGAUGCUGUCUUAUGUGCUAUCCUCCCUGGCAUCAGAGGGGGUCAUUGGCAGUUCCAUGAGCGAGUCUUCUGGUAAUUAUCAUUCCGAGAAGAGGGUCAAACUGGAGAAUGACCAGCCAUCUUAUAUACCAUCCCAGAAUCCUUCACAACAACCUAUUCCUCCCCUUCCACAUCCCGACCCUGUUCAACACAGUGUGUCUAUGAUCAAUCAGCAUUCUUCUUCUAGUGAACCACCGCCUCUACCCUCGUCAUCACCACCGCCAUUGCCACCACCUCCACCAAUGCCACAAUAUCCAAUGCCACAGUUCACGCAGGCUGCUGGCAAUGUCGCAUAUAGCUACAGCAUGGCACAGCAACCAUCAACGGCAGCUUUCCCAGCUUUGGGGGCUUCCCUGAAUAGUGUUUCUCCCUUCACACCUGCUCCAGUGACUAAUUACCAGGGUUUCCAAGGUUCAGAUGGAAGUUAUUAUAACCAGCCAUCAUCAAUGCCAAUGGCUCCAAUUUCUCGGCAAUAAAUUACUGAUCCUUGCUGUUAUGGAAUCUGAUCCAUGCUAUGAUCAGAUUUGCACAUAUUAAAUGUUUUCCUAACCUGGUUAUUUGUUAAUUCCUGUUCACUUUAGGGAGUUCAAAAAAAAAAAUUCAUUUUAGAUGUUAAAACUGAGAAUCCUUCAGUGGUUGUAGUAAGUUCCCUGAUAUUAGUGCUUUAGGGUUUAGAGGUUUACUGGUGGAGGGUUGCGAGAAUGCAGAUGCUGGCAAUAAUCAAUGACUGGAAGCUACUCAUCUGUCAAGCUGGUUUUUGUGUUUCCAAAUGAUCUUCUCUGAGCCUCCGACCCCUGUGGAUAGCAGUUGUAUGUACAGAUCAGUGUUAUGUAUUAGUAAUUUAUGGAUUUGAAUGUGCGCUAGAGCCAGAACUGAGUAAUAGAGCCCGAGUAAUUAUCAGUAUAUUAGUAGCAUGAUAAGUUGUACUUUCA